UUGAGGAACGCCGUGACUGUUGUGACUCGUGCUGAUGGAAUCAAAUUCAUCGAAGGUUCUGAUGAAGUUCUAGCAGAGACUUCUAACGGCUUCGUAGUUGACACGAAACCGGAUGACGUUCCUAUACUAAUCAUAGAUUAUUUGUAUAUAGGUUCACAGGAUUGCGCUGUGGAGACUGUAGUUGAGGCAUAUAAUAUAAAACACGUUGUAAGCUUAGGAGUAAAUGUGAAUGUAGCUAAUGUUGACCAAAUAUAUAUUCCCGUACUGGAUUUACCAGAUUCUGAUAUAAAACUAGUGUUAUCUGAAUGUUUGCCUUACAUAAGAAAAUGUUUGUUAAUGAUGCAAAAUGUAUUGGUUCAUUGUAACGCCGGCGUGUCUAGAACAGCGGUUGUGGCUAUCGCCUACUUGAUGCAUUAUGAACUAAUGUCUUAUAAGGACGCUUAUGAUCUUGUUAAACAGAAACGACCGGCCAUACAACCGAAUACUGGAUUUAAAAAACAAUUGCAAGACAUGACGCCUGGUAAAUUAAUUUGA